GACGGGAGCAAUUUUAAUCAAGUCCAAGGGUAACGUUAGGGGUGCGUAAAGCAACCCAAUAGUAUAUCUUCAGUGGGCCGGCCAAGUCUUCCAAUCAGCCCAUAUAUAAUCCCAGUUUACAUACCCUAACCCUUGCCUCCUCUCUGCAAGAAAUCUUCCCGGGCAGGUAAGCAGCGAUGACGACGCACUUGAAGAAGAACAGGAAGAAGAGAGGCCAUGUGAGCGCCGGCCAUGGUCGUAUCGGGAAGCACCGGAAGCAUCCAUCGGGUCGCGGUAACGCCGGAGGAAUGCACCACCAUCGGAUCCUCUUCGACAAGUACCAUCCUGGAUACUUCGGAAAGGUUGGUAUGAGGUAUUUCCAUAAGCUCCGGAACAAGUUCUACUGCCCUACUCUCAACAUCGAUAAGCUCUGGUCACUCGUCCCUGAGGAAGUCAGAUCCAAAGCUUCCAAGGACAAAGUUCCGAUGAUUGACGUCACGCAAUUCGGAUACUUUAAGCUCCUGGGUAAGGGCAUGCUCCCGAGCAACCAGCCUGUUGUGGUGAAAGCCAAGCUUGUGUCGAAGAUCGCGGAGAAGAAGAUCAAGGAGGCAGGUGGGGCGGUUCUUCUUACAGCGUAGAUUCGUUUUAAUUGCUUUGAGUUUUUGUUAUUGUGUUAUUUCAAUUGUUACACAAGCUUUACUUGACCUCUUGGGGAAAAUGUAUGAACUUGUAGAACAGGUUUGCUACAAUUCGCCCAUAUUUUGGAGUUUAAUUUGCAAUAUCAUCGUGAUUACAUGGUUAUCCUUGAUAUUUGGGAUGUUUUUUCAUUUUGUUUCGUUGGAUCAUUACUAUCCCAGUAAGAGAUUAUUUUUUGAAUUCGAGCAUUGGAAUGUUUCCCUUUGAGCAUAUUCUUACAAGUUCGGUAUGUACUUGAUAAACAUGUACUGGGAUUUUCAUUGGAAGAUUUAUUCAUCAAAUAUAGUUUAGGGAUUUUCUUGAUAAACAUGUACUGCAAGGAUUUUCUUACAAGAUGUUGUUCUCAUAGCUUAUUAGGCCAAAUAAGCUGUUGUUUUCUGUUUCAAAUAAGCAUUAUUUAUGCUUCUGGUUUUGCCUAUUUUCUGUUUUGGCAGCAGGAAUUUUCCUCUUCUUUUGUUAUUGCUAAUUGAUAAGCUUAUUGCUUGAUAAAAAAAGUCAAACAUUUGGUUUCUGGCAUUAGUUCCAAAUAGUCUAGCUAUGCCAUCUUGGUGUUAAAACAUUCCAAAAUUACAGUUGCUCUGUAUUUUAAUUUGUAAUUUCUCAUCCUUGCUAGUUGACUCUCUCUCUCUCUCUCUCUCUCUCUCUCUUUAUAUAAAAUUGAUAACUUGUGUUCAUAAAGUGCAAAUUGAAAAUGUAGUGCACUGUGCACCCCAUCCAUCCCAAAUUAUAGGUCAAAUUUAAUUUAAGAAUGGUAUUCAUUGAGAGACAAAAGUUAAAAGGAAAACCUUUAAAUGUAAUGCUAUCUCACAUAUUUCUGAUUGUUUCAUCAGAAAUUUGUUAUCA